AUGCUGCCUGCUGCAACGCCCGCUGCGCGCAUGGUCGCCGGCCAGCGUAAACGCCCUCUGAGUCCCGGUCGCCGCAGGCUGUACAAGAAUCAUGACCCUAACCGCCUCGGCGACUUCAAGAAGGUCUGGGCUUACAUUGGCGUGCACAAAGACCUUACAACCGACUUGGAUUCAGGUCCCGACCACAACAAUUUGCUCCCCGAUCAGCCUGCCCUCGGAGACCGCCUUGCCAACCUUCUCGUAUCGACAGAUGCAUCUGAAAAUCAGACGCUGGCCCAUCAUGCCCUAUCCAUGGUUGACGGCGAGCACAGCGAAGAACCCGUCGAGAUCGAGACGUCAGUCAGCAAUGACGGCGAAAAUCCUUAUGUCUUCUCCCCCGAACUGAACCCCUCGAGCUCCCCUGAGCCUGAGAUUCCGGCCUCGCCCACGUUGGGCAUGCCUAGUUCCGUUGUGGCCGCAAAGUUUACGCACCAUGGAUCCCACGUUUGUCACCAGAGCUUCGCUCUCUCAAACAUGUGCCAAUCCUCCGUCGAGGCGCGCGCCGCUGCCUUUGCUCUGCGGAUGAACGGCCCUGUCGAUGCGUCACCCGAGAAGGCAAAGACGACGUUCGACGGCUUGCGGCGCGUCGUACUGGCGGACUUCAAGUCUCAUGACGAGGACAGCAUGGCCGACUUCCCUGCUGAGUACGCCAACGGUAUUUACGUCUACAUUGACUGGUCCAACAUUAUGAUUGGCUGCCAGGAGGAGCUCAAGCGUGGCUACGGCCUUCCUCCCACUUCACGCCGAGCCGAUGUCCUCGAUUUCGCCCGCAUCAAGCUCAUACUUGAGCGCGACCGCGGCAUCAAGAGCCGCGUCCUCGCUGGCAGCCGCUCCGCCAAGCCCGGUCAGAAGGAGCUCAAGACCCUGGACGCCUUUGUUGAGCACGGCUAUGACGCGAACAUUCUUGAGCGUGUCUACCGUCCCAACGAGCAGGCGCAGGCUCGACCCGGCUACGGCCUUCCCCUCGAGACGAGCCCGCGCAAGAUGCAGGAACAGGGCGUCGAUGAAAUCUUGCAGAUGAAAAUCUCCGACGAUAUCAUUGAUGGCGUCAUCGCUGGCACGCCCGGCGUCGUUGUGCUCGCCACAGGUGACGGCAACGAGGCCCAAUUCUCCAAAGGCUUCUUCGCCAAGGUUGAGCAAGCCCUCAAGUCGGGUUGGGUCGUCGAGCUGUACGCGUUCAAGAAGAACACGUCCGCCACGUUCCGUGACCGCCACUUUCAGGCCCAGUGGGGUCACCGCUUCUCGCUGCACUUUCUCGAUAAGUUUGCCGAGGCUCUUGUUGACGAGUCGUAG